AUGUCUGGUUCGUCAACUCCCCCGCGGAGAGUGACGGCCGCUGAGCGUCAUUACAACAGCGAGAUGAUGUUCAUCGGCCAGCGGUGCCACUGGCAAGAGUGCAAUCGCGAGGACUUUCUUCCCUUCCGCUGUCCUGACUGUCAGGAGACCUUCUGCUCCGAGCACUUCAAGACAGGCGAGCAUCAGUGCCCAACCCCAUCACAGUCUUUCAUGGUUCCACUCUGUCCGUUGUGUCACGAGCCGCCACGCAACUGGAAGAGGGAUGAGGACGCAAACGUGGCCAUGGACGCCCACCUGACGCCCGAUCGCAAGACGGGCAAAGUCGAAUGCGCUGCCCUGAAUGCAGAUGGCAGCAUCGCCAACAAGGGCAAGAGGGCGAAGCGCGAGGGCGAAUGUUCGGAGCGAAGGUGCCACAAGGUUAUGGUUGUCCCUAUCAACUGCCCUUGCUGCUCCCUCUCUUUUUGCCCGUCGCAUCGCGCACCCAACCAGCACAGUUGCACCAGCCUUGCUCGGUCAUCCAGCAGCAACCUACCGCCAUCGAGCCGCUCUCGCCUUGUCAACAUCGUGCCAUCGCCGUGGAGUAACGACCAACCCUCGAAAUCGAGUGAGGGGCAGCUGUCUUCAGCACUCAACAGAAGCACGGCCGGGUCGAGUGCAAGUCCGAUCCGCGUGAUCAGCACGGCAACGAGCAACUACAAGACGGAAAAACGGGCUACUUCGGAGCACGCAUCAGCUCUCAAAGCCCUCAAGUCGCGACAAGCAAAGGGCUUGCUUACGCCGGCCGAAGAGGUUAGAUUAGCCGAGGAGAUGGCUCUCGAGCAGAAAGGUCAGCUUGGCAAGAAGAAUGGGGACUGCAUCGUUUGUUGA